AUGGCAUCUGCCGAGUGGCCGGACGCGUACUACAUACCUAUGCCCGUUUCCUCGGGCUUGGUUCGUCACCCACAUCCCCCGCCUUGGCCGGCAGAAGCCCCCAUGGUUCAUCAAGGGCUGAGCAGUGAAGCUCAGGAGUUCGACCCUUUCUCAAUGCCCGCGGCGGUCAGUCUACUCGACCAGCCAGGGCAACCCCUUGUUUACGUUUGGGUGGAGGAUUACUAUGAGGACUCCUGUUCUGUUGGUGCUGUGCAGCUGGAGGCAACUCAGUUGCAAGGUGAAGAUGGCGAUGCUCAUUUUGGGAUGGUUGAGAACGACAUGGGCCAGCAAGGGCUCCGCGUUGAAGCCCCGGAGUUUGUCCCCAAGUCAAUGUCCACGGCUGUCUUUUCGGGCCCUUCUGCACCAGUAAGAGCAGGCCGCAGCCGCAGCGAAGACUCCUGUAGUGUUGGCGAUGUGCCGGUGGAGGCAAGUCAGCCGGAAGGUGAAGAUGACGAUGUUCAUUGUGGGGCGCAGACAACGCGUCAGAAGAAAUCAGGGAAACGACUUAUCAAUGCUCGGCUCCCAUUGAAAAAGCAAGGUGCCAAGCAGCAGGAGGUGACAGCCCAGGCCAGAAGCCUCGAGAUCGAGAAUACGCGGACCUUGCAGGCAGACGGUGCCGGUGAUGUGCCCACACCAAAGCUGCCGAGUGAACAUUGCCAGUCCGAUAUCCUCCCUGCAAAUCCCUGUGCAGUAGCCCAAGCCCCUGGGUGGCGGCUGCUGACACGCUCGGAGCGCGCGGGUGUGCAGGUGGAGAGGAUGUUGCAGGUUGAUCCAAGAGCAUCGGAUCUGCCAUCAGGGGAGCAGUUGGGCUGCCCAGCAAGUGAAGCUGCUGUGGCGGAGCCCAACACUUAUGGCCUCCUUGAAUUCAAACACUCCCACAUGCACGAUGGAAAGAAGCACGAUCCAGUCAUCGCCCGAAGCAGCGAGAGCAGCGUUGAAGAGCCACAGGUGGCUGAUGUUGACAGCUGGGCUCCUCCAGCUUUCGCGGAUGAAGUACGCCACGGUUCGGAAGACCCGUUUCCACCGCAGUCUAGUCCGACAACAUCUUCGGCAGCAAGUUCAGUGCUUGGAUCACCAUCUCAGAAAGUGGAGCCAGAUGGCAUUCUCCCUUUGCAGGUGGAGCCUGGCGUCGAGUACGAUCGAGGCUGGAUCAAAUACAAGGACCCAGAAAGUGGAGAAAUCUGGUUCCACAAUGACCACACGGAUGACUACUUCUUUGCUGGGUACAGCCGUCAGUGGGGUUGGCUGCCGUACCAAAGCAAAAGUGGGCAGCGGUGGUGGUGGCACGACAAGCGCAAAAUGUUCUUUUUCGAAGGCCUGAAGUAG